AUGGCUUUGACUGAUGGGAAUGAAUAUUCUCAUGCAUGGCUUUUUGGUUACUUUCUGGACAAGGAAUCAGACAAGAAGGAGGAGCUCGUAUGCCGGCUGAGGCUGAGAAGAGAAACUGCAAUGGAAGUUCAUAAAGAAUCUGGCGAGAAACACACAUCUACGAUCUCUGAUGAUCAAAUGAGCAACAUACCAAAAGACAGUGAUCUCUACCAUACAAAACAGAAAGAAGCUAAACGCAGAUUUGAGAUCUUGGUUGAGCUCGAGAAGAAACUCGCUUCACAUUUCUCGAGGCCUCGGAUUGGAAACAGAUGA